CGGUCCCCCCUCCGGUCCCUAUUCCAGUCUCGGUUCACGUCUCCUCCGCCCGUCCUUUCUUAUGAUGGUGGUGGAGCGCAACAGGAGCGCCACCGACGGAAGCCAGAGACGCCGCCGCUGACGCCGGAGGGCGAGGGUGAUGGAGACAUUCCGCUCCCAGCGAUCCCUCCUCGCCGACCGCUUCCUCGGCCUCUUCGCCGCACCUACCCGGCCCUCCGCCCCGGCCGGGGACGAGCUCCAUGAGGACGACGUCUUCUGGAUUGGCUCCGAGGCCUCCCCCUGCGACCCGAUCCGCGACGGCUCCACCAGACCCGUCCCUCCCGCCGUCGUGGGGACCCGGAAACCUAGCCGUUCCCUCUCCGCCCUCCCCGGCGCCGGACCAUGCCACAUCUCCCUCCUGAGCUCCGGCAUCCUCGCCGCCCUCUCGGAGGACGACGAGAAGCUGCAUCCGUUUGUCCACCGGAAGGCCGCCGUCGCUCCGUCCCCGCCCUCGGCUGAAGCGUCCCCUGUGACCUCCGCCCGGAUGAUCCCGGUGACCUCCAAGAAGAAUUUGAAUUGCUCGUUGUCGAUGCCCGCCGGGAAGAUCUACCAGCAGUCAGCGCCGGUCAACGUGCCUGCCGUGCCGCCGAAGGUGAAGAAAGGCUGGGAAGAGUUCCAGAUAGAGGGAGUGGACGGAGACGGGGACGAGUACGAGAUGCUUCCGCCGCACGAGAUCGUGGCGAGGGCUUGGGGGAAUGGACCGUCGAUGAUCCCAUUCUCGGUGUUGGAGGGAGUCGGGAGGACGCUCAAGGGGAGGGAUCUGCGCCGGGUUCGCAAUGCUGUGCUGCAAAAGACAGGUUUUCUUGAUUGAGUUCCGAGAAAAAAGGUUUCUUGCACGCUCUAAAAAAUUUUGACUCUUUUAGUUAUGGAAAUGAGGAGUACGUGAUGUUCUGGGGAGAAAUUGGCGAGCUUUCGAUGAUUUAGCGUAAUAAACGAGAAUGCUUGGCCUCUACCUCCGUUUUCGUUAGGCCUCGAUCUCCAUUUUUGUUCAUCAAAUCUCAUAAAUGAUAAAUGCUUGGCCCCCUUCCUCUA